AUGUGUGGGCAUUUAUGGUAUUUAUCUCCAGAAGCUGCAGCAUUCUCAUUUUUUGACGAGGAUGUCUCCGUGGAAACAAAGAAAAAAAUGAUAACUGCUUUAAAUACGGACUCCAAAGACGAAUUCAGAAAACAAUAUAUUCUCAAACCAAACCAAGUUGAUUCAAUUUUAAACAAAGGUCUUGAAGAUUUUAUAUGUUCAGAAUCUAUGACACUAUUUAAUCGCUUCAAAAUAAAUACUGAAUUCCUAAAAAUUGAUCCGUCAUCUUGGCAAAAUAAUGAAAACUACAAAAAAGCUGCAGCUAUAAUUAAAAAUAUACCUGUUGUCAAUGAUGUUGCUGAGCGAGGGGUUAAACUAAUAGAAGAGUAUAAUGACAAAAUAACAAAAGACGAAAGCCAAAAACAAUAUUUACUGCAAGUUGUGUACCACUAUCGUAAAACAUAUCCAGACUCAAGAAAAGGAACACUAAUGAAGAAAUAA